CCCCACGUCGGGAGGCCCGCGGCCGGGGGUGUGGGGGGGUGUGGGGGGAGCCCCGCCCCCGCCGGGCGUGUGUGUCGGGUGUGUUUGGGGCCCGCGCGGCUGGCGCACCCUCUGCCUUUUUACGCCUCCGGCACCCCCCGCAGCCCGGCUGCGGCCCCUGCGCCCCUAGCCCUACCGGGCGUCGCGGGCCAACAUGGGCCAGGAAGAGGAGCUGCUAAGGAUCGCCAAGAAGCUGGAGAAGAUGGUGGCCAGGAAGAAGACGCCCUGGAUUUCUUCUUCUGUGAAAUGGGAAGAAGAAAUAGUGUCCUUUGGCAAGGAGUCCUGUGAAGGGGCUCUGGACCUCCUGAAGAAGCUCGACAGCUGGCAGAUGUCCAUCCAGCUGCUCCAGACCACCAGGAUUGGAGUCGCCGUGAACGGGGUCCGCAAGCACUGCUCCAACAAGGAGGUGGUGGCCUUGGCCAAAGUCCUCAUCAGGAACUGGAAGCAGCUGCUGGAUUCCCCAGCAACCCCCAAAGGAGAAAAAGGAGAGGAAAGAGUAAAAGCCAAGAAGAAGGAAAAAGGGCUUGACUGUUCGGAUUGGAAGCCAGAGACAAGUCUUUCUCCACCAAGGAAAAAACGGGUGGAAGAGCCCAAAGACAGGAGAGACUCUGUGGACUCCAAGUCUUCAGCCACCUCCUCUCCAAAAAGACCAUCGAUGGAAAGAUCAAACAGCAGCAAAUCAAAAGCGGAGACCCCCAGAACACCCAGCAGCCCCUCGAGCCCCACGUUUGCCCCCUCCGUCUGCCUCCUGGCGCCCUGCUAUCUCACGGGGGACUCCGUCCGGGACAAGUGUGUGGAGAUGUUGUCUGCGGCUCUGAAGGCGGAUGAUGAUUACAAGGACUAUGGAGUCAACUGUGACAAGAUGGCAUCAGAAAUUGAAGAUCAUAUCUACCAGGAGCUCAAGAGCACGGACAUGAAGUACCGGAACCGCGUGCGCAGCCGCAUCAGCAACCUCAAGGACCCCAGGAAUCCCGGCCUGAGGCGGAACGUGCUCAGCGGGGCCAUCUCCGCGGGGCUCAUUGCCAAGAUGACGGCGGAGGAAAUGGCUAGUGAUGAGCUGAGGGAACUGAGGAAUGCCAUGACCCAAGAGGCCAUCCGUGAGCACCAGAUGGCCAAGACCGGCGGCACCACCACCGACCUCUUCCAGUGCAGCAAGUGCAAGAAGAAGAACUGCACCUAUAACCAGGUGCAGACACGCAGCGCUGAUGAGCCCAUGACGACCUUUGUCUUAUGCAACGAGUGUGGCAAUCGCUGGAAGUUCUGCUGACAGAACCACCAACCAGGAUUUCAGUGAACAAGGUGAGGAAGAACAAAGAGAAACCACCAAGCCCUUCGUAAACUGGAGAAAAAUAAAAAUUAAGAUGAAGAGAAA